AUGUUUUGUGAUCUGAAUGUUCCAUACAACCCUGAUGACCCAGAGGUGGUCCACACCUUAAACUUCCUGGCCGAGCUGGGUUACACCACCGUUGCCCUGUCUCAAACAGUCAGCGGGAAGCUUCCUUCGAGCCUCAACCCUCCGCCCCUCCCAUCGAAUGUGCCGAAAUCCCUCCAGCUGCUGACCCGCUUGAACCUGAUACUGUCCGAUCCCGCGCAGAAUCAACGCCUUGCCAGCCUGACUCAGGCCUACGACCUAGUCGCUCUUUGCCCAACCAAUGAGAAAGCUCUCUUGAAUGCUUGUACUAGCUUGGAAUGCGACGUGAUCUCGCUGGAUCUCUCGGUGCGACUUCCGUACCAUUUCAAAUUUAAAAUGCUGUCGGCUGCGAUAUCACGUGGGGUUCGUCUGGAGAUCUGCUAUGGGCCGGGGGUCACGGGAAGUGGCCUCGAUGCCCGCCGGAAUCUCAUCGGGAAUGCGAUGGCCCUGAUCCGGGCAACUCGCGGCAGAGGGAUUAUCGUGUCGAGCGAUGCAAGGAGGGUAUUAAGCUUGCGGGCGCCGUGGGAUGUGAUCAACCUGACCUGUGUGUGGGGUCUGUCACAGGAGCGCGGAAAGGAGGCGAUUUGUGAAGAGGCCAGGAAGGUGACCGCGUUGGCUAAGCUCAAGCGCACCAGCUGGCGAGGGAUCGUCGAUAUUGUCCACGGUGGGGAGAAAUCCAAGCCUGAGGGAUCAGCACAGCAGCAAAAGGCCACGACAAAAUCCAAAACAUCUACGCCAGCGGGAUCGGGAACCGAGAAUCUGAAGAGAAAGGCUUCUCUCAGUUCGGAGGCGGUGACUGAGGAGCCCGAGAAACCUCUGUCAAAGAGAGAUGAAACGUCGGGCUAA